AUGUUGCAUCGCAUCAGUCGUUAUCGUUCAGUUGAGAGUCACAUCUGCGAGACGAGGUUUUUUUUAUUUGUAUAUGUGACUUCAUAUCUUGCCCUAAAACUCCGACAUAUCUAUCUAUCUAUCUAUUUAUCUAAGAGACUCUCUCCUUCAUCAACUCCGGGUCGAUGCAGCUAUCUAUCUAUCUAUCUAUCUAUCUAUCUAUCUAUCUAUCUAUCUAUCUAUCUAUCUAUCUAUCUCAUUCGUUUUCAUUUCUUCAUCUCUUUCUUUUCUUCUUAUUUUCUCCUUAAUUUCUUCUUCUUCUUCUUCUUCUAUCUAUCUAUCUAUCUAUCUAUCUCCUUCGUUGUUAUUUCUUUAUCUGUUUCUUUUCUUCUUCUUACUUUCUUCUUCUUAUAUUCUUCUUCUUCUUUUUCUUCUUCUUCAUCUAUCUAUCUAUCUAUCUAUCUAUCUAUCUAUCUAUCUAUCUCCUUCGUUGUUAUUUCUUCAUCUGUUUCUUUUCUUCUUCUUACUUUCUUCUUCUUAUUUUCUUCUUCUUCUUCUUCAUCUAUCUAUCUAUCUAUCUAUCUAUCUAUCUAUCUAUCUAUCUAUCUAUCUAUCUAUCUAUUUGCUUUGUUUCACGUGUGUACAUCCUAG